AUGUGUCCCAGCCAGACUUGGUUGGCGAUUACGACGCUGCUCCUCAUUCUUCAUCAAUCAGAAAUGAAACACGGAACCCUGACGGAAGAGUUUCUCAACCCGAGCACUAGACAUCACCAUAGACAUAAACAUAAGCAGACUGAAUCCCCACUACUAGAUCAUUUGGACAGAAGAUACAAAUACUCCUAUUUUGAUCCCCACAUUACUUUUAAAGAGAAAACUUACGUUGACAGGGAUCUGAUUGGUAAUGAUGAGUUAGAGCAUCAAAAUGAUUGGUGGAAUAUAUCAAAAACUCAAAUGGGAGAAAUGAAAGAUAAGAAACAACAACAUUGGCCCAUCAAAAGGGAAGCUGUUAUUGAAGGUGACUUAGUACUAGGUGGAUUAAUGAUGGUCCAUGAGAGAUCAGAUAAUAUGAUCUGCGGUCCAGUCAUGCCGCAGGGCGGGGUUCAAGCCCUCGAGACAAUGUUAUUUACUUUAGAUAUUAUAAAUCACAAACUAAAAUUAAUACCCGGAGUAAUAAUUGGUGCACAUAUAUUAGACGAUUGUGACAGGGAUACAUAUGGUCUGGAGAUGGCUGUAGAUUUUAUAAAAGGAUCAAUAAGCAAUAUUGACGAUGCGGAAUACGCAUGCAAUGCGACGGCAAUGCGGAAGGUAAUAUCUGGCGUGGUGGGUGCUGCCUCUAGCGUAACGUCGGUGCAGGUUGCUAAUCUACUGCGCCUAUUUAAGAUACCUCAAGUCUCAUUCUUUUCUACUUCACCAGAACUUUCAAACAAGGCUCGCUUCGAAUACUUCACUCGAACCAUUCCGUCUGACUUACAUCAGGUUCGUGCGAUGGUAGAAAUUGUAAAGAAAUUGGGCUGGAGUUAUGUUUCAAUAAUAUAUGAAGAAUCAAGCUAUGGAAUAAAAGCUUUUGAAGAAUUGGAAGCUUUGCUGGCUCGAAAUGGAAUCUGUAUAGCCGUGAAGGAGAAACUGGUGAAGGAUUCUGGUGUGGCUGACGAACGUGCUUACGAUGAGAUCGUCCAAAAACUGUUAACAAAACCCAGGGCUAGAGGAGCCAUUAUCUUUGGGUCAGAUCAAGAAGUAGCUGGAGUGAUGCGAGCUGUAGAACGUGGGAACGCUACUGGAGCGUUCAGUUGGGUUGGUUCUGAUGGAUGGAGUGCCAGGGCGUUAGUCUCUGAUGGAAAUGAAAGAGCAGUAGAAGGUACCAUAAGUGUGCAACCUCAAGCAAAUGAUGUAAUUGGAUUUAAAGAAUACUUCUUGGGGCUAAAUGUCAAAAAUAAUAGAAGGAAUCCAUGGUUUGUAGAGUUCUGGGAGGAUCACUUUCAGUGUCGAUAUCCUGGCAGUCCAAAAACUCCGUACAAUGGCCAAUACGAGAGGCAGUGUUCGGGAAUGGAACGACUCACCAAUAAUAACACGGAAUUCGAGCGACAAUUGCAGUUCGUUUCAGAUGCUGUCAUGGCUUUUGCUUAUGCAAUAAGGGAUAUGCAUUUAUCUGUAUGCGGCGGGAGAGUUGGUCUCUGCGAUGCCAUGAAGCCAGCAAGCGGUGCCGAGCUGCUGAGAUAUCUAAGAAAAGUUAAUUUUACGGGUCUUAGCGGAGAUGAAUUUCAUUUCGACGCCAAUGGAGACGGGCCCGCCCGGUACAAUAUUCUGCACUUCAAGCAAGUAUCUCGAGGAGUUUAUCAGUGGGUUAAAGUGGGUCAAUACCUUGAUGGAGAACUUCAACUCCAUCUUAAUGAGAUUCAGUUCAAAUGGGGUGAGCGUCGUCCUCCAGAGUCCGUGUGUAGCGCCGAGUGUGAGUUGGGACAAGCAAAGCAAUACGUGGAGGGAGAGAGCUGUUGUUGGCAUUGCUUCAACUGUACGCAGUAUGAGAUUCGUUCACCGUAUGUUGAAACAGCUUGUAUGGUGUGUCCUCGAGGGACGUUACCAGACCCAACUAGGACUGAGUGUCGUCACAUACCAGAAGCAUAUCUCCGACCAGAUUCCGCUUGGGCCAUUGGAGCGAUGUCUUUCUCUUCCGUAGGAAUAUUAUUAACAGCGUUCGUCUGUGGAGUGUGGGUCUAUCAUAGCUCAACGCCUGUCGUUCGUGCAAGCGGUAGGGAACUGUCAUAUGUCCUUCUUGCCGGGAUUCUGAUGUGCUAUCUUGUGACUUUCGCACUCGUAUUUCGACCGACUGAUAUAUUAUGCUCCUUACAGAGAUUCGGUACCGGUUUUUGCUUCACUGUGGUGUACGCGGCCUUGUUGACUAAGACGAAUCGUAUUUCCCGCAUCUUCAACGCCAGCAAACAUUCCGCCAAACGACCCAUACUGAUAUCACCGAGCUCCCAGCUGGCGAUAUGUGCCGCGCUCGUUUCCAUACAGGUUCUUAUAGUGGUAGUGUGGAUGAUUGUGGCUCCAGCUCGAGCGAUGUUCCACUACCCAACGAGAGAAGACAACAUGUUGGUCUGCGACUCCUACGUAGACGCCUCCUACAUGAUCGCCUUCUUUUAUCCCAUUGUGUUGAUAGUUAUAUGCACGGUGUACGCUGUGCUCACACGGAAGAUACCAGAGGCUUUCAAUGAAAGCAAACAUAUAGGUUUCACCAUGUACACGACCUGCGUCAUCUGGUUGGCGUUUGUGCCGCUAUAUUUCGGCACGGCCAGUCAUGUGCCGCUUCGGAUCACGAGCAUGGCCGUCACCAUCUCCCUUAGCGCCAGUGUUACUCUUGUCUGUUUAUUCUCUCCUAAGCUAUAUAUAAUACUAAUCCGACCGGAGCGGAACGUUCGUCAGAGCAUAAUGCCAGUGCGUUACAGCCAAAAACCACUCGCACUGCCACAUCCAUCAUCGAACACCACUCAUAUUAAGAAACCGAACAUGGAUAAGGGAACACAAACAGAUCCAUCGGAUUUCGCGAAAUUAUCCAAUGGACAGACAAUUCUAGAUAAAAAUGGAAUAGACAAAGAAAAAUUGGAUGUAACAAAAGAAAAAGAAAAAAAUGAUAGGAGAGAAAAAGAUAAGAAUGAUCGAGUGAAGGAUGAGAUACUCAAAUACAAUAUUGUUAAGGCAGACAGCGCUGAGAAGAGUGCUCUGAAGGAAAAGCUUCAAAAAGAAAAGUUGUUCUUGUAA